AUGUCAUCAAAUCCACAAGAAGAAAUAUACAAGGAAUACCUAAAUUACGAUUGGGACUCGUUUACUGAAUUCCAAGAUGGUUUACAAGAAAUUUUAGAUAACUAUCUAAAUAAUUUAAAAGAACAAGAUCCAUCUGUAACAAGUAUUCCAGCGUUAGACAAACAACAAUUAAUCGACCAAGCUAAGUGCUUCUUUUAUUGCAGUCACACAGAUAAUAUCUUAAAUUUGGAUGACUUUAAUGAAUGGAAAAUACAUAAUGGGGAUAAAUAUAACAAGAACAAGAAAAUUACUGAAAUAACGGAUGAGUCAGAAGAUCCAGUCUGUAAUACAGAUAGCACGGAACCACCUUAUUCUUCGAAUUAUCAGAAGUUAGUUGAAUUAAUUGUCUCUGGUAAACCUGUUCCAGGCAUCAAGCAAAUACCUGAUACGGUUGUACCAGAUCAGAGUUCGAAGCCAGAGGCUAAGCAAAGAUUAAAGCCAUGGGAAGUUGAAGCACAUAACAAUGACGAAGAUUAA